AGGUGAUCUGAUCAGGGGAGCCGCUGUAUUGUGUUUUCGUAUGAAGGGUUUGAGGAUUUGGGCUUAAAUAUUCAAAAUGGCGGACGGAGUAGCAACGAGUCAAGAUGAGAGUUCAGGACCAGAUUCUAGAAUGAGUAAUCCAUCAGAAUCAAGUAAAUGUGCAAUGGAGAGUGGGGACGAAAACACUGGUGCCCAAACAAAUGGACUGGACUUUCAGAGGCAGACUGUGCAAACAACAAGCGCAAUCACCAACGCACACGCACAGGCCUUGCUCCAACAGUUGACUUUGACUCCAGUGCAGCAGCAGUUAUUGCUGCAGCAGGCUCAGGCUCAGCUGUUAGCAGCAGCCGUGCAGCAUUCGGCUGGCCAGCAGAGCAGCACUACAGGAGCCAGCAUCUCUGCCUCCGCUGCCACCCCCAUCACCCAGAUCCCCCUCUCCCAACCCAUCCAGAUCACGCCUCAGUUACAGCAGCUGCAACAGCAUCAGAACCUCAACCUGCAGCAGUUUGUUCUGGUCCAGCCGGGCCACCACAUCGCAACUCAGCUGCAGCCCGCGCAGUUCAUCAUCUCCCAGACGCCACAGGGCCAGCAGAGUCUCCUGCAAGCCCAGAACUUUCUAACUCAACUACCUCAAAGCCAAGCCAACCUCCUGCAGACCCAGCCAAGCAUCACACUUUCCACACAGCCUGCAACACCCACACGCACGAUAGCAGCUACCCCCAUCCAAUCCCUCCCUCACAUCCAGACGACACCAAAGCACAUUGAUACACCCAGCCUGGAGGAGCCCAGCGACCUGGAGGAGCUCGAGCAGUUUGCUAAGACCUUCAAACAGAGACGUAUUAAACUGGGCUUUACGCAGGGGGAUGUUGGCCUUGCCAUGGGAAAGCUUUAUGGAAAUGACUUCAGCCAAACCACCAUUUCUCGCUUUGAGGCCUUAAACCUGAGCUUUAAAAACAUGUGCAAACUGAAGCCUCUGCUUGAAAAGUGGCUCAGUGAUGCAGUUUGUGCAGAGAACCAGACGUCUGACCAGGCCCUGUCCAGUCCCAGCUCUCUUGGCUCACCUGGGCUGGGCAUAGAGGGCCUAAACCGUCGCCGCAAGAAAAGGACAAGCAUUGAGACCAACAUCAGAGUGGCCUUAGAAAAGAGCUUUCUGGAGAACCAAAAACCUACCUCUGAGGAGAUCACCAUGAUCGCGGACCAGCUCAACAUGGAGAAAGAGGUGAUCCGAGUAUGGUUCUGUAACCGCAGACAGAAAGAGAAGAGGAUCAACCCGCCCAGCAGUGGCAGCGCUGCUGGCACCCCCAUCAAAGCAAUCUUCCCUCCCACCACACCUCUGGCACUGAGUACAGCCAGUCUUGUGACCAGAAACACACCGGCUACAAUGACUGUAAGCUCUGUUUUGCCUCUCACCAGCACUAGUGUCUCCAGCAUCAGUUUUACUGGCACAACCAUUGGCUCGACUAUUAACACUGCAUCUGUCAUCUCCACUGCACCUGUGGUCACCACCGCAGCAUCCUCUCCUUCGCUCAGCCCUUCCCCCACCACACCACAGACAUCCUCUGCAGAGCAGGCUUUGGCUCAGGGGAUAGUCACGGCAGUAAGUCAGGCACCCUCCUCCCUGGCAUCCACUCUGGGCACUGGGCAUGUGAUGGUGGCGGCGCCUAGCCUCUCUGCCGCUUUGCAAGGAGCCGGCCAGCUGCCCAACAGUGCCUGCAUCGCUGCCAUGGCUGCUGCCGCAGGCCUCAAUCCUGGGCUCAUGGCAUCCUCGCAGUUUUCUCCUGGUGGGGCUCUUCUGAGUUUGGCACCUGGUGGUCUCGGGAGCGCUUUGAGUCCAGCACUGAUGAGCAACAGCACCUUGGCCACGAUCCAAGGUGUGUGGAGUGCUCUGGCAUCUAGUGGCACUUUGCCCAUUACAUCUCUGGACGGAAGCGGGAACUUGCUGUUUGCUAACACCAGUGCAGGGAGCACCCCAAACCUUGUGACGGCACCCCUUUUUCUGAAUCCCCAGAACUUGUCCCUGCUCGCCAGUAACCCAGUCAGCCUUGUGUCUGCGGGAGGGGCAGCAGGUGCUUCUGGAGCCCUAAACCUGCACAUUACCGCCGAUGCCCACCAGAACGCUGUUACCACGGCAACUAUGCCCUCCUCCACCAUCACCACAGCCUCUAAGGCCCAGUGAAAGCUUUACCCACUAGUCUCCUCUUCUAUACCCCUUUCCUCUUCAUCGUUUUUUCUUUAAUCUUUUGCUACCACCAAAAAGAAACCCACUAAAAAGGAUUUAAUGUUGUUUUAAUGUUAUUUUAAUGUUUAAGUUGGAAUCUUCGAACUUCUCACAUAUCUGUCACUCAGUAUCAUUUGAACUUCAUUAAUGGGUUGACUUUUCAGCAAAGCAACCAUAAGCGAAUGUUGGCAUCUCCAUAGCACUUGCAUCAGGAGAGCAGAAAUCUCCCUGGACAUUGUGCCAAGUGUCUGUGCGAUGCAAAAGCCUAUUUGGCUUAGCAAAAUUCAUUUCGCUCAGUCUUUGUGCCCAUUUUCACAUUAUAUCUUCAUCUCUCUUUUUCAGAGGUUCUUCUAAAAUGCUUUUAACCAAAAAAUGUUGAAUGAUACUUUCUAACUGCUGACACUUUCCCUCUUCUUUACCACAGAAAAAGGACACCUUAUGUUCUUCUGUUCUCUUUUCAAUGGAGAUUCUACUUCACAGGCCUUCUUUUUACAAUAUUGCUAUCUCUCUGGAACUUUUCCUUUUGGAUUCACAUUGUUUAUUUUUUAUCAAGCAGUGGGUUAGCUUUAUGUUCUAUAUUUUACUAACUCAUGGUUACAAAGCGUUAAUGGAGUAAUAAGCAGCUGUGAUGCAGUUUCAUUGCUUUAAGGAAACAUUUGAUUGGCCUUUCUAGAAACACUUCUAGAUUUUGUUUUCACUUUUUUUUUUUUUUUUUUUUUUUUUUUUUUUUGUAGUUUACUUGGUAACAAGUUUUUAAACAUUACUUUAGUCUGGGUCUAAAUCCUAACCCAGUCAUGGGUUUACUUAAAACUAAAAGCUUUAAAAGAGUUGUGUCAUGAUCCAUCUAGGAGGAUUUGUUCAGUGACUGAGCAGUACAUUGAGGCCUCAGUCAAAAGGAAAGCAUGUUCUGAAUGCUCACAACUCUCAAUGGCCGUUCAACCCGAACAAGUUUUUGCGUUAGUCUCUCCGUUUUUCAGUUGUUUUUUUAUUUGUCUGCUGAUGUCUCGCUAUUGUUUCAGGGCUUGCGGAGGAGCGCCAUGUUUUAGACGGCAAGUCAAGUUAAAAUAACUUCAACUGUUAAAAACGUGUCUGUUCUAUUCGUUGUGCUGCAUAUAGCUUUUUUGCGCAAGAAUGUGUUUGGUCUGAACAGCCUCUUAUGUUGCUUAGUCUUAGGACUGUGUAACUGUCUUCCUAUCAUGGGAUGAUUGUGAGGUCAAGCAAGAGAAAGUUUAGGUGGAUGAUGUUCACAUUUAAGAGGGUAGAGAGUUGCAAAGUGAGAUCUUUGCCCCGAAACGUGUUUUUAGUUUUUUUAGUUUGAUUUUCUACUUGUGCACAGUAUCUGUACCAAAAAAAAAAAAAAUGGAUUUGAGAACUGCAGAACUUCUGUCAUGCUUUAAGAAGUCUUUAUUUCGGAGGUCUUUGUAUUGCAUCUCUCUCAAGAUAUACCAAAAAUCUUUGUUAUACCUGUUGCUGUAUAUUGAUAUUGUAGCGUAGUUUAAGCCUAAAUAUUUAUGAGCGAAGGCUCUCGGUAGACCACAGGAAAUAUGAUAAUGCAAUAUUUUGAAGAUCUUUUCCAAAGACAAAAAAAUAAUUUUAUGUCUUUUCCUUUCUUUUUGUUGAGAUGGCUGUCCCUCUUCAAUUUUGUAGUGUCAGUCAGUGCAACUAACAAAAUAGAUCUGGAUCAAGGGGAGAGCAGGACAGGAUAUUAUACAAAUGAGAUCACAAAGUUCCAGUGUGAGUACGGGGAUUGUCCCUUCUGCUGGUCUUUAGUGAGGACUUUAAGUUAGAGAUGUACAGAGAAAAAUGGGGGAGUAUUCCUCCCAUUCUGUUCAAAUAUUUAAAAAUUGUAGAGGUGCGAGUGGUGGACGUAAUGAUGGUGCGUUCCUGCCUCACAGGCUUCUUUAAAUAGUAUCCCUUUUUAGUAGUUACAAGGUGGCAGACUUAGUCCUUCUUAACUAGAAAUAAGGGCCAUCGCUUAAGUUCACGGGGCCCUGGACAAUUUGGGUGGCCCCCCUUUUACCUGGCUCAGUGAGUAGCCUAUACCAUAGAGGACAAUAGUGGGCCUCUCUUGGCACAGAUCCCCAGAGAAGGCCUGUCUGAAAUAUCCGACAUAAAGAUGAGACAGGAGCGUAUUAAUGAGUUUUAGCCAGGUGGCCUCUUUGUUUUUCCCUACCAAUGUAAUGCAGCCAUGAUGUAAAGCUUGAACCAAAGUUGUUUUCUCACUAGCUGCUGUGCCUGUGUGGACCAGUGCAAUGCUGACCACAAUUUCACUACUCACUACUGACAAACUUAACCAUCUAGUACACUUCUUUUUAAACCCUACCCUUUCACGACAAUGGCAACAAAUUGUGUCCGGCUUUGUAAAGAAAUCUAGCCUAUCUUGCACAGCGCUAACUUGCUUUAGCUCUCAAUAGCAUUUAACGGUCCAAAGAGAAUCUUAAGGGCCUUGUAUUUAAGUGCUGUUGAGAUUUCAGGAGUCCUUCUCCUUCGUUUUAUUCGUUGAGCUUCUGGGUAAGUCUUGGUUUUAGAUGUGACCUUGGAGGGCCCAACACAGAUGCUGCACUGGCUCUGCCAGAACAAAGCAUUGUAAUAAAUGAAUAGUAAUAGAAAUAUCAAGAGUCCACCUAGUCUUAAUGUCAAGAGGAACUUGUGGGAGGACAGUAGGCCCUGAAACAUUUGACGGCUCUCUCACACCUCAUGACUUGUAUUUGGAAGAAGGUGGACGUCAAGCAUAGCAUUGGUACAUUGUCUAGACUUCUUGUUUUUAUGUUACAGAACAAUAGAGAUGGGCAUACUGGGAGAAUUACAGUAGUAUUUCCUCUGUAGCAUUCCUCUGAGCUCUCUGGCAUUUGAAUUCUGUCACAAAGAGGUCAGAGUAUCCCCCAUUGUUCCUUUUUGUUACUGUGGCCCUGUCUGUAGAUUUUUCUUUUGUUGUUGUUAUGACUCCUUACGCUAGUUGUGUUUUUGUUGUUAAUAUGAUUUGAAAUACCUCAGCAGCACUUAUAUGGAAGGUUCACUUUAAGCGAAAGACACCAACAGUCAACUUCAGAAUGUACAAAAGCUGUUUGUAACAGCCCGUUUUUUUUAUGACCGACAACGCAUGUUAAUUUAACAGAAACUACAGAAUAUACCAGGAAAAUCUGUAAUGUCACUCUACUACUGCUAUUUCAAGUACUACUACUUAAAGGGUAUCUCCAGGUUAACUUGUAAUGAAUAAUUUUGUUAUCCUACUUGCCAAAGUAAAAAAAAAAAAAGCCUUUGUCUUUGCGGCUGGGUUGAUGUCUUGAUGCUGCUCAUUCCGCUGGUUCUGUCCGGAAAUUUCAACGUAGCCUCUCUGGACAUGUAGAUGUACGUGUUUUGCGCAUUGGUGUCAUGACCCGGUGGGACCGGGACUGUGGGGGAGUUACUGAUAUAUUUAUCUGAGGAAUGACUCAAAAGAUUAGAGAAAACUUCUUCUUUUCUAAAUUCUAUAUAUAUAUUCACUUAUGUAAGAUGCUCAUAUUUUAUAUUUGAACCAAUAUCUAGUUUGAAUGUAGUGUUUUUGUCAUGCUUAUUCACAAAAAUAAAAAAAUGACUUCAUUUAUAUUUUAGCUAUUCUGAAAAAACAAAAAAAGUUAAGACCAAAAAUUAAAACCACACCCUUGAGAUGUGGGAGUGGCUGUCAUGUGCCCCACCCACAUUGCGAUGUGGUUUGUUUGAGUGGGUGGGGCUUUUGAUAGUUCUCCUAAAGGAAAAGACUUGAUAGAACCAAACUACUCUCUAAUUUUAGUUCUUUGCUUUUUAUGAUUUUGAUUUGCCUUUUUUUUUUUUUUUUUUUUUUUUUUUACAAACUUUAACAAACAUUUGAAUUUAUUUACUGCCUUUUUUGUAUAUCAUGAGGGAGCAACGUCACUGGCUUUCUUAGUUUGACAAACUUGCAUUGAUCUUUUAUGCCUUACUAUUAUUUCAGAAGUUUGACACAUUGUAGCAAAUUGUUGAAUAUGUUUAUGCGAAAGGUGUUUUUUUUUAUUGUGUUUGUGUGAGUGAAAGAUGCAACCAAGCAUGCACCAAUGUCAAACUCACGUGGUGCAUAUCGACCGUGAAAAUAACGCUGUGAGUUCUAUUUGUGUUUUGUGAAAGGUUUUUUUUUUUUAAGGAAGUGUUGCUUUCUACCAAUUAUGUAGGUAUAAUUCAAGCCGGUUGGAUACCUGUUGAAAAAGCUUUACUAAUAACUCAACUCCAGCUGAUCUGUAGGGAGUGGCAUGAUGGUUGCUGAUGGUGCAUUGACUUUGAAAGUUUAAAGGAACAGUUCACCCAAGAAUGAAAAAUUCUGUCAUUUACUCUCCCUCAUGUUGUUUAUCAACCCGUGAAUGACUUUCUUUUCUCCAUAGCACACAAAAGUAUAUGUUUGGCGGAAUGUUAGCCUCAGUCACCAUUCGCUUUCAUUGUAUACAAAAAGAUGCAAUAAAAGUGAAUGGUGACAGAGGUGAUCUGAUGGUCUAAUUUUGUGUUCCACAGAAGUCUUACUGGUUUUGAACAACAUGAGGGUGAGUAAAUGAUGACACAAUUUCCAUUUUUUUGGUAAACUGUUCCUUUAAUACUAUAGAGAAAGUAGGUUCCAUUUGACGUAAUAAGAAAUAUGACUUGGAUUUACUCAUCGGUCAAAAAUACAGGAAACAUGCCAUAUUUAAAGUGGAUAUAAGGAAGCGUCAUAAGGAUUUGAUGCAAUAGAUAGAUGAUCCCUUUGAAACUGUGUGAUCAUAAGAUGUUUCAGGCGUUGAUUUAUACUGAUAAGGACGUAGAACCUGGCGACAAUUCUUAAACAUUCAAAGUUGUUGCGGAUCCUGUUUUUCGGCACUUGAUUUUGCCGUGUGUGGAUGCUCUGACUUGCAAUUGGGUAGAUUUCUGAUUGUAUAAUAUACUGUUACUGUAGACCCCCAGUCUAGUGACAAAAUAGGAUAGUUGCAGAAGAGGUCAUGCACCAGAAAGGUGAGAGCUCGUCUGAGUAAACUGUUGUAUACCUCAUUUAUAACUCGAAACUGAGUAAAAACCUGCUUUAAUCUUCUUCAUAAGAUAAAAUGAAAUAAAAUAAAAAAUUAACUGUCCCACAACAGAAGCCUGCAGAUGUCUGUUUAUUGUUUGGAGUGAGAAACUGGAUCAAUACCCUAAAGAACAAAAAGGCAUGCAAGACACACAAACAUGUGCAUAUUAGCCAGAAUUUAGUUGCUUAGAACACUUAUUUAUAUUUCCUUUACACUGUAGCCACUUAUUAAAUUUGUACCAAAGCUUUUUAUAUGAUUUGACAAUCGUCAUCUUUCUUUCCCUCAUUCUGAGUUGUGCUGCAUGGUUUGUGUGCUUAUGUGCUAUUUGUUCUUCUGGGUUUGUGGUCUACUUGUUUCUCACCUUCUCCAUGGUAACCAAAGACUUCAAAGUGAUUGUAUGGACUAAACUCUUUCUCCCAGUACCCUGCCUCAACUUUUAUGAUCUUUGGUCAUACAUGUGGCCAAGUAGGUGGGGUUAAGUAGAAAGAGAGAAAAAACACUGCUGGCUUCUGCAAGGACUUGUCAAAGUAACCCCUCACGGGCUGGGUGAUGUUUAUUAAUACACACUGAAGGAUGUCCUGGGCUCACUGCAAACUGCUCAGGAUGAACUGUUCUCUGGAGUUAAAACACUGUUUCUGUGAUUGUCUACGGAAAACAUGCAUUGUCUUUCCAUACUUUUAGAUGCCGUUGUCCCGUGAUUUUGGUGUUCUGUCCAUGUAUUUAUCUAGCUUUGCUGCUUCCACGAUCAUGAUUUCAAUUGGUUUGAUUAGCUGUGCAACUAUGCAUUGUUGCCCUCCAUCCAGCAAGGGCGGUGUCUGUAUGACACAAUUCUGUUGAUGGUUCUAUGACGAGUGGAGGGUCGAAAGAAACUAUAAGCUCUAUUCCAAAGCAAAAAUCCAAAUAUGAAAUGUUUUAUAAAUGCAGAUACCAAAGAUGACUGUUUUUUUUUUUUUUCCUCCUUCCUUCCCAAACCCUUCAGUUUGUGUGUUAAUAAACAGAACCCAGCUCUGGCAGUAGUCCUAACCUCAGUAGUUCCAAAGCUUGGAUGUAUAUUUUGGUAUUUUUCUGAGAUGCUUAUGGGGGAAAAAGUUUGUCUUUUUAAUUUUCUUGUUUGUUGGAAUUGUUGCUCUUUUUUCUGUCAUGGCAUGGAAUUAACUGCAAAACUGUCUUACUGUAGGUUAAAGAAAUAGUAUUUUUGUAUAUUUUUGGAUGUGUCAAUGUGUGUGAUGUCAGUUUCACUGCCCAGGUUAUCAUUGUUUUUAAAACAAAAACAAGAAAAAAGAUAAAGUAAAAAAAAAAAAAAAGAAUAUGUACAUAAUACUUUGAGUCAAUGAUUUCAAAAGAAAUCCAUCUGUUUACUCUCAUUUCCAUAUUUCCUACAGCUAAAGCUCAAGGAAUUUGUUCCAUUCUCACCCUGUCACAUACUGUAGAUUGUAACUUCAAUAUCUCCCUUCAGAACCCUGUAACUCACUGUUGUCGUAGUGAUGAUUGGUUGGGUUCUGGGUAUCACUACAAACCUGAACUCUAGUGCCACUUGUGGUCUGUUAUCAAGAACAUAUACCCGAGACUGAACGCUAAAUGGCUACAUCACUGUAGCUUAGAACUGAAUGAUUGUGUAGAAUAUAAGUAUGUGAAUCAGGAUAACAUGGUAGUUUUAAUGCAUUUGUCUGCUGUAUUUUUAUAUAUAUAUAUAUAUAUAUAUAUAUAUAUAUAUAUAUAUAUAUAUAUAUAAUGAUAAUCUUUUACUGUAACUGUACAGUUCUCUUUUGUUGUAAACAUCAUUAAACCAUUUUCAAAGUGUUUUAAUAUUCUAA